GUUGAAUUUUGGUUCUAUAUUGAACAAUUUUCUCAAUCAAUAAUGGCUGAGGUGCUCAAUCACUAAUAUCGCCAUCUUUCUUUACUUAGUACCACCAUUUUUUUUUCCUUUACUUAGUUCUGCCAUUUUUUUCUUUUACUUAGUAUCACCAUUUUUUCCUCAAGUCCAUCUCUUCUCUAGUCUGUAUCUCAGUUAUCAGCAAGAAUGAGGUCCAUUGAAUCAGUCUAUGCUUAGAACAAAUGGUUCUGCAUAGAGACCAACGACUUCCAACUACAAUUUGAAUCAUUCAAGUGCGAGGAUCAAAUCAUCAUUUUCAUUCUGAGAGGACAUCCGAUGUGGUAUUCUUUUACACUGACCGACUCCAUCCCACAAGUGUAUCUCCAACAAUUUUGGGGAACACUCAACACAACAAGAACUGCCACUAGAGGGAGGUUUUGAACGCUAUCAUUUACGACACCCAAGUGCAUGCAAUUCACUAAAGAUCUCGUCCAGACUGUCCUCCGCAUCCCAACACAUGCUCAGUAUGAUGAGUUCCCCACUAACAACCAGAUUUACACCGACAUUAUAAGAAUGGGCUAUAUUGCACCACUUCCUCUUAUCUCCAAUUUCAAACGCCAACAUGUGCCAAGGCCAUGGAGAACUCUAAUCUAUUUGCAAUCAUCAACAAAUGUCUCUCCGCGAAACACACUGGUUUUGACAGGUGCAACCUCUACGUCCUCACACUUAGGGGUGGACCGGUUCCAGGCCAACCGGACCGGGCCCGGCCCAGACCAGUACUGUUUGUACCCAGCCCGGCCCGGGAAACCGGUUCCAGUUCCGGGCCUAGGCCUGGCCCGAGGGGGUAACCGGUUCCGGUUCCGGGUCCAGAAAAAGGCGAACCGGCCCGGCCGGUCUGGCCCCAGUUCGGGCCUUUUUCUUUGUUUUUUUUGGGUUUGGGCUGGGUUUACGUGGGCUGGGUGUUUCCGAGGGGUUUGGCGGGAUGGGGAUGGGGAUGGGGAUGGGGGUUGAAAUAAAUAAGAAAACACAAAAAAAUUGAACCGAAACUGGCCCGGCCCAGAACCGGUAGACUCCCGGGCCAGUUUCGGGCCUUACCCAAAACCUUCCAAGCCCAGCCAGGCCCGAACCGGAACCGGGCCCUUUCCAUCCCUACUCACACUGAUAUGCACUAAUUAGUAGUGCAUAAGUGUAUGUUUUUAUGUUUGAUUUGUGUGUAUUAUUUAUCAUUUUAUUUAGUUUGUAAACAUUUG